AUGCUUGGGCUCGGAGGUAUUACCAAUCAUGUGAGUGUGUCAGGAUGGGAUGGCUCACAGCAGCAGCACGCAUGGCUCAUGCUGUCUGCACUCACUCGCACCCACCACAUUGCCCUCUCUCAGGCGCUCGCCAUCAGAGGGGGGUGGGUUUUAUUUGACGUCUCAAAAAUACCCUCUCUUCACGUGUCUGCACUCACUCGCACCCACCACAUUGCCCUCUCUCAGGCGCUCGCCAUCAGACACUGCGAGCAGCGGUACUCAUGGCUUGCCCUGCCUCUUAGUCCCCUCCUUUUCCCCAAUGCCAACCCACUCAUCCCCUCUCCAUCCACUCAGGUGCUCGCCAUCGGAGGGGUGGCGGUGCUGGCAGCAGCAGUGUUCCUACCGCGCAGGCCCAGGCAGCAUGUGGAGGCACUGACGCCCCUGCAGGUGGCGCAGCGAAUGAGGAACGGGAGUGCCAAGGAAAUGGAUGGAAAGAUCUGGAUCGUGCGACCAGGAGACACCCUCUGCUCCCUCGUGCCCCGAGCCGCCUUGUGUGAUCCCAACUCCGAGUUCUUUAAACGCAACCCCGAGGUGUGUGACGUGAACAAGAUCUACUCGGGGCAGUGCCUGCUGCUGCCGUAG